UGCGCCGAGAUGUGGCUGAAGCCCGAGGAGGUGCUGCUGAAGAGCGCCCUCAAGCUGUGGGUGCUGGAGCGCUCCAACCGCUACUUCGUGCUGCAGCGGCGGCGAGGCUACGGGGAGGACGGCGGGGGGCUGGCAGGCCUUCUCAUGGGGACACUAGAUGCAGUCUUGGACUCUACAUCAAAAGUGGCUCCAUUUCGGAUCCUGCAUCAAACACCGGAUUCUCAAGUCUACUGGUCCAUUGCAUGUGGAGCCAGCAGAGAAGAAAUAACGGAACACUGGGACUGGUUGGAACACAAUGUUAUGAAGACCUUAUCUGUGUUUGAUUCAAAUGAAGAUGUUACUAGCUUUGUACAGGGAAAGAUAAGAGGAUUGAUUGCUGAAGAAGGGAAAGGUUCUUUCAUAAAAGAAGAAGAUCCUGAGAAGUUUCGUGAAGCUAUUCUGAAGUUCGAGAAGUGCUUUGGAUUAGCAGAGCAGGAGAAGUUGGUGACCUAUUACUCCUGCAGCUACUGGAAGGGGCGAAUGCCCUGUCAGGGAUGGCUUUAUCUUAGUACCAACUUUCUUAGCUUUUACUCAUUUUUGCUGGGAGCAGAAAUAAAACUCGUUAUCUCCUGGGAUGAAAUCUCAAAACUUGAAAAGACCUCCAAUGUGAUCCUGACAGAGAGUAUUCAUGUGUGCUCCCGUGGGGAGGAUCACUACUUUUCCAUGUUUUUGCACAUUAAUGAAACGUUCCUUCUUAUGGAGCAGCUGGCAAACUACGCUGUAAGGAGACUUUUUGACAAGGAGACAUUUGAAAGUGACCUAGUCCUCCGUGAUCCUCUGCAAAUCACCAAGAGAGGCCUGGAGAACCGAGCCCACAGUGAGCAGUUUAGUGCAUUCUUCAGGCUACCCAAAGAAGAGACCCUGCAGGAAGUGCAUGAAUGCUUCUUAUGGGUACCUUUCUGCCACUUCAACACGCUGGGAAAAAUGUGCAUUUCAGAGAACUACAUCUGCUUUGCUAGCCAGGAUGGCAGUCUCUGCAGCAUAAUCAUUCCCCUAAGAGAGGUCAUAGCAGUGGAGAAGGCUGAUCCAGCUAACAAAGGAGUCAAUAUUAGUACCAAAGGAAAAAGAGCUUUUCGUUUCACUGAGGUUAAGGAUUUUGAACACCUGGUAGCAAAGCUCGGGAUCAGAAGUGGAACAACUUCAAGUCCACAUCACACUGCAAGUACGGAGGUUGCCACUACUUCUGACUCUGACAAUCUGGUGGAUUAUUAUGAAGGACAGUUAAUGGCAGGUCAGAAAGGCAGCAGCAAGACUGUUAGCACAGAAGCUCUAAUGACCGUAUUCCACCCUCAGGAUGCUGAUAAUCUUGACUCUAAAAUGUUGAAAGAAAAAAUGAAAGAGCAGUCCUGGAACAUCCUCUUUGUAGAAUGUGGACGUGGCGUUAGCAUGUUUCGGACAAAGAAGACUCGAGAUCUAGUUUUAAGAGGGAUCCCAGAGACCUUACGAGGAGAGCUCUGGCUGCUCUUCUCAGGUGCCGUUAAUGACAUGGCUACAAACCCCGGCUAUUACACUGAACUGGUGGAAAAGUCCCUAGGAACAUGCACUUUGGCUACUGAUGAAAUUGAACGAGAUUUGCGUCGCUCCCUACCUGAGCAUCCAGCCUUUCAGAGCGACACUGGUAUUUCCGCACUCAGGAGAGUUCUUACAGCCUAUGCGUACAGGAAUCCCAAGAUAGGAUACUGUCAGGCAAUGAAUAUUUUGACAUCGGUGCUGUUACUUUACGCUAAAGAAGAAGAAGCUUUCUGGCUAUUGGUUGCUGUGUGUGAAAGAAUGUUACCUGAUUAUUUCAAUCGUCGAAUCAUUGGGGCCUUGGUGGAUCAGGCAGUGUUUGAGGAACUCAUCAGGGAUCACCUGUCUCAGCUGACGGACCACAUGACAGACAUGACGUUCUUCUCGUCCGUCUCUCUUUCCUGGUUUCUUACCCUCUUUAUCAGCGUGCUGCCCAUUGAAAGUGCAGUCAGUGUGGUAGACUGUUUCUUCUACGAUGGGAUAAAGGCAAUCUUGCAGCUGGGUCUGGCAGUACUGGACUACAACAUGGACAAGCUGCUGACCUGUAAGGAUGAUGCAGAGGCAGUGACUGUUCUAAACAGAUUUUUCGACAGCGUCACUAACAAGGACAGUCCGUUGCCUCAAGCUGUGCAGCAGGCUUCAAACCUGAACGAUACGAAGAGUUACCACCCAAAAGUGGACAUAACCGACCUGAUCAGAGAGUCAAACGAAAAAUAUGGUGAUAUUCGAUACGAGGAUGUCGAGAGCAUGCGCUGCAGGAACAGGCUGUAUGUGAUCCAGACCCUAGAAGUUACUACAAAACAGAAUGUGCUGCGUGUUGUGUCCCAGGAUGUAAAAUUCAGUCCUAGUGACCUGGAAGAGCUUUAUGAAUUAUUCAAGAAGGAGCAUUUUCUGUCCUGUUACUGGAGUGCAAAUAGCCCUGUCCUGAGACACCAUGACCCCAGUCUGCCAUAUCUGGACCAGUAUCGGAUCGACUGUCAACAGUUCAGGGUCCUCUAUCACCUCUUGAGUCCAUGGGCACAUUGUGCAAACAGGGACUCUCUUGCACUGUGGACAUUCAGAUUGCUGGACGAAAACUCCGAUUGCCUUAUAAACUUCAAAGAAUUUGCCUGUGCACUUGAUGUCCUGUAUAAUGGAAGUUUCACUGACAAACUGAAGCUGCUUUUUAAGCUGCACAUCCCUCCAGCUUUUACUGAAGUGGAAUCUCUAAGCCCUUCCAAAGGUGAUGAUCUUUCAAAAGAAGAGCUGAUUCAUUUCAGUCAACUCAAUGUUUCAUCUCCUGUGGAUAGUCAGGAAGCUGAUGCUUUGAAGAGAAGCCCAGAAAAAGCAGGUAAAGAGAAGAUUGAUAUUCAGGCCUAUCUGAAGCAAUGGCAAGAUGAACUUCUUAAAAAAGAAGAAAAUAUUAAGGAUUUGCCGAGAAUGAACCAGUUCCAGUUCAUCCAGUUCUCAAAGACUUUAUACAACCUGUUCCACGGGGACCCUGAAGAGGAGUUGUUAUAUUGGGCUAUAGCGACUGUCACCAGCCUCUUGCUGAAGAUGGAAGAAGUUGGGAGAAGACUACAAAGCCCCACUUCACCAGCCAAAAGCCCAGCUUCUGCAGCAGAAUCCAGCACGGACAGUCAGAACGCUCCGAAGAAAGACAGUGCACUCCAACAGACUGAGCGCAGGAAUGUACAAAGCCCUCACAGAGACGACCACGAAUGGUCUUUUGCCUUUGAGCAGAUCCUGGCAUCCUUGUUAAAUGAACCAGCUUUGGUGAGAUUUUUUGAGAAACCUCUAGACAUAAAAGCCAAGGUAGAAAAUGCUAAAACUUCACAAUUAAAAGCGAGAACCAGAGUAUAGUUGUUGUUUUUCACCUUUGCAGCCUAUGUAACACACAAUCCAUUGCUAUGGAAAGUGAGCAUUGUUUAUAUUGAGAAUGAGAUUUGAGGAUGUAGCUUUAACUACCAGAUAACAAUAUGUUUUGAAGUAAUUAAAAACACUUUGAAGCACAAUCACAUCUUUGUGUUGUUCAGAAAUUUCAGUAUAGUUCAAAAAGGACAGAAAAGUAAACGGCAUUUUUACUAUAUUAUACAAAAUAUGCAAUAUUACUAAAAAUACUAAAUGCGAUCCGUAGAGGGCACUAUUGCAAAACUUUCUGUAUGACUACUAUUACUGGUUACGUACUUGAUUUACUGUUCAUUGUUGUGAUGAAUAUGAUGAUUUUCUGCCAUCUUCUGUUAUGAGUAGUACUUGACAUCUAAGUGUUUUACUUUCAGGAUGGUUUAAUUUCUAAGUAACCAUUUCUAAAUCUGCAUGUAAACUCACACCAACCCAGGGCAAAAGCCUCAGUACUAAGGGGAAUAAGAGUUUUUGGACUGGUAGCCUUGAUGAUCUCGGGAGCAUUGUUGAUAAAGAAGGAGGUUUCCAUUCUUUUACUUGUUUCUGUACUGUAGUGUUAAUCUUUGCUUUAUCAGACCCCACUGGCUUCUAGUGAAUAGCUGGUGUCAGAGCUGGGCCUGAAUCUAUGCAAAAUUCAGACCAGAAUCCUGAUUUCCCAAAUGGUGCCAUUUCUACACUGGAUCUGUACGCCCUAGAAUUUUGGGGACCCAGAUUUUGCAGCUCGGGUGUGAUUUUUCCAUCUGACUCCAUGGUUUCCUGCAUCAACCCAGAUGAGUAGGUUACCCCUUCCCGCCAACAUGCUGUAUCCCUGAGAUGCAAGAAUGUGGGAGUUCACUGAUACUUUUGUGGCUCUCCUGUUGCACAAGGGUGAGAAAGCUGGGGACGGAUCAUCAAAAGGUGCAACUUCCAAUCAAAUGUAUUCCAGUGUACUUGCUGGAGUCGCAAGGAAACGGGCAGACAAUGCCUAAUCCCUUUUUCGGUAUAAGGAAUUAGGAUGUGAUGUAAAGCACUUAAAUUUUGUCUAUAUCCACUUGCAGGCAGGGGAGGGAUAGCGCGCUCAUCUGGUGCAUGUUGGAGAAAGACAUGAUUUUGUUGAGUGUUCUCUCAAAACCCAAUAGUAACCAUCAUAGCCACCUCCUAAUCAGUUGAAUUAGGACUGCUAAGACAAGUGACUAACCUGCUGCAGCAGAUGCUGCUUUGUUACCUUUGAAUCUAAGCUCAAGCGUGUAACUGUUAGUCUUUUGCCAUUGGUCUUCCCUUUUGGAUUAUUACCACUGUGAUCGGGUAUAUCCAUCAGGACAAAUAGCAGCAACAAAAUCCUUCGGAGUCUGAAAGUCAGGUUUUUUAACACGCCAGCAGGAAAAAAGCAACUUUUUGGAGUCCUCAUCAACAGAGGAGCCAUCUCCUUAUUGUAAAGAUCCUUUGAGGCAAGCUCUGCUCAUGUUACUGAGAGAAAUUGUUGACUCGACUGCUAUGUAGCGUGCAUUAAAGUGGGCUGGACGAAAAGGGGGUGGGGGAGAAAACCUUGUAUUUUUACAAAAAUGAUAAGCUGUAAAUGUUGUUAAGUGGUAAACUGCUUAAAAUGCAUAUUUGUAAGGCAUGAAUUACAAUCUUUCACUGCAAAGCAGCACUGUUUUUAUAAGGUGUGUGUUUGUAAAGAAUUAGGACAGGAGGUGGUAUCAAUAGUAGGUGCUUUUUCCAUGUUGCUUACAUGGAGUAGAAACAAAACUAAGAUUUCUGAACUUGGCUUUACAUUGCAAAACAAUGCUGAAAUUCUGUCAUUGUGAGAGGGAGGAAAGUUACCAUGCCUCCUUGGCAACAGUUUUGUUCCUGGUCAGAAUCAAUGAAUGUGUAAAACCAUUUCUUCCUAAUCUUAGGAAUUAAUGUAAAUUGAUCUCAACUGAAGGAAUAAUUAAAGAAAUUGGAUAAUAAUAUAUACAGCAAGUGAAAUUAGGCAGCUUACUUUAGAAUCUUAAACGUAGCUUGAGGUUAUAUAAUUUUGAUUUGUAUAUUAUGGAUUGAAGUGUGAAAAGCCUAUUUCGUUUCACAUGUAUAUUUCUAAGGCAGAGAUGGAUACUACUGCAUGGAUCUGUAUAUCUCUGUUAACUAAUUGUUUUCAUUGCAUAUUUUCACUGUUGUUUUAAAAACAAAACACAGGUAACUUUUGAUGUUCUAGGCAAGGGCUUGAUUGAUCAGGCAAACCUUUACUCACGUGAGUAAACAGAUGCAAGCAACCCCAUUGAAGUCAAUGCAACGACUUGUGAAAAAGGCUGAGCAGCAUCAAGCCAUAUGUUUUUAAUUUCAGACUUCAUUGUGGGUUAACAAGUAUGGCGUAUUUGCCAAGCAAGAGAAGUUAAAGGCUUGUUGAAUUUUUGUGGUGGGUGGGGAAACAAGUUAUAAAAAGAGUUAGAUGCAGGUUGAAUUAUAUGCAGGAAGAAGGUGUUAAAGAAGUCUGCAAAAUGUAGUGGACAUGAUAUUAAAUGGCUGUUAUGCAAAAAUAGGCACUUUUACAAACGUCAUGCACUUUCUAUUAAUAUUAGUCAAAAGGACCAUACAGAAAGCCAAUUACCAAUUAUAUAUCCAUUCUGUACCUGCGUCUAUAGUAUAAUUAUCACACAUAUGUUUAUACACAGAAUGACCAGCAUAUAUGUAAAAUCUGUUUAAAACUAAAAGUGAGGGGUACAAUCAUUCAUUUAUUUUUUAUUAUCCUAAGAGAUUCUUUUUAGUUGUUUGUUUGUUAUAGAUUUUUGAACAAAGAAAAUGUAAUGUCUAUUUUUGUCAUUCCUUUAUACACCUGUGUUCUGGUCCAGAAAAAAAUUGCCUUGACCUUCUGUGCCAUGUGAGCUGUAGAUAGUCGUGAUUGAUGGGUCAGCCUUGCAGGGCAAAGCCGCCUCGAGGAAAUCAUUUUUCUGUAGGUGGCAAGGAGUUGUGCAGUUGCUCUAGUGGGAAGAGCUCAUGAAACUCCAGGUGCUUGGAGGCUACUGACCAGCUUCUGAUCCCUCUCUCACCAGUUCUUAGUCCUGAUCUGGAAUACCCUUAAUAUUUAGUACCAAGUAUUCAAAUGUAGGAUUUGAAGCACGUGGGUGAGUGUUUGCAGGAGGUCAAGGGAGAGGAUCGUGCUUCACACUGUGCUGAGUGAGUUUAGAAUCUGGCCCUCGGUCUCCUUUUGUGUCCCUUUCCUACCCCACUCGUUGUGGAGAUGGCCUGGCUAACAAAAUAUAUAGAAACUUAAUUGGAGGCAAAACCCUUCUCCUCCCCAUUGACUCUCUGCUGUGGGGUUCCCUACUCUAAGGUGACAAAGGAAUAAUAGCUGGGCUAACCACUCUACUUACAAGUGCUCUAGCAGAGUUAGCAGGCAGGCAGAUCUGCACUUGGGAGCUUUGACCCCUUUAACACUCUCUGUGGUGAUGCAGAGAGUAACCCACACUCCUGGGCUAGGAUACUCUGGGAGACUGCACACCCCCUGGUUUCUUUUGAAUAAGCUCAAUUGCCACAUAUAGAUGAGUAUUGGACUGAGCAGAGUUUUUGGCAAAGAUCCAGGCAGUUGCAGAACCUACUCAACCACUGCCUAGAAGGAACUUCCUGUUGGAACCUUCAGUAACUUUUAUAAGGGCCGGUAGCUAGAGAGGUGAU